CCAGUCUUGGUUGGUAUUUAGUCGGCAUUCAUUCAUCGGAUGAAGACCUCUCUCUCUCUCGAUCACUGUGCCACUGGGGAUCCCAACCAAUACACCUCUUACCAAGUUGAACUACCUGUCCUGUGGUCAAAGACUUUGGCUCUGUUUACCUCAAAAAAUCACUCUUUUUGCCAUUUUCACUUAUCUCUCCUCGCACAGUUCGACGGGCUGAAAUAAUUUAAUAACAACUUUUUUUGCGAGUGGGAUUCAAAUUUCUAAUGUCGAAAUCAUGGGUGUGGACGUGAGUGGUGUUGAAACGCUUUGGAAUUUAUUCGACUCCUUGCGACUAAUUUUGAGCAAAGUUAAUACGAAUCCGGGAGGACUGGGUCAGAGCGAGUAGUUUGCGACAUUCUCCUUGAGAUUUCCUGGUGGUGGUGGUGACAAAGUGAGACGACGGUUCACAAAUUAUUGUUUACUCCAAAGUGGUGUCGUGUUCUCAAAAGUGACGAAAAUUGACACGCAACACAACGAGUGACGAUAAUGUGGUGACAUUUUCGAUCCCAAUUAUUCUCCACAACAAGGUUUCCAGGCAGCUGCGGGCGAGCGGGGGACGGCGACACGUUUGCGAGUAGCUGGUCUGUACACGGAGGAGGAGGACGAGGUCACCACCACAGGCGACGGUGACCAGCCCGAAGGCGUCCUCGUCGGCAGAGUCCGCCGUCACCACGUCGUGAUUCAGGAGGACCCCUUCACUGGUCUGUUUGACGACGACGACGGGGAAAACUCGUCACGUGACGAAAUGGGCGAGUGCUCCCUCUCCAUCAUCGACCACGGCCUCACCCGCCUCUUCUACUGGCUGGGACACAAGAUUGGCAAAAACCCCUCGUACUACAUUAUCAUCCCCAUUUUCAUCUCUCUCCUCUGCGGCACCGGACUCCAGAGGCUGAGGUAUGUCGACGACCCCGAAUAUUUAUUUUCGCCAGUCGACGGUGCGGCGAAAACGGAGCGUCUCAUCGUGGAGGAGUUCUUUCCCAUGAACUACACUCACAAGUUCCAUCCCUCGAGGUUCACCCGUGCUGGACGUUUCUCAAGGUUAUUCAUAAAAGCGCAGGACGGAGGGACACUGCUUCGUGCGGAAGUGUUUGCGGAAAUCGCGGAGCUGGACAAACUGAUGCACAACAUUUCCAUCGAGUGGGACGACGACACGUUUCGCUACGAAACCCUCUGCGCCGGGUGGGACGGGGAAUGUUACGAGAACGAUAUUUUGGAGCUGAACGAGUCCAUGUCGGACAUUGAGCAUGGGAAAAUUGUGAUGCAAUGGCCGCUCUUCCUCACCCAAACCACGUUCAAGUCACUCCCACUGCCCUUCAUCUUCGGAGGGGUCAAGCUAGGGAACCUGUCCAAGGUCGAGUUCGUCACCGCACUCCAACUCAACUACUUCCUCGCCGUCAACACUCCCAAACAAGAUGCCAGGGGGGAAGUGUGGGAGCAGAAAGUGUUGGACACGUUGGCAGGGAAGGAGGGGACUUGGAAGCACAUCUCCGUUGCACGUUUCACCGUACGGACGUUGGCCCAGGAGUUGGAAAAGAACACGUUUUCCGUGCUGCCAUACUUUUCAGUGACUGCGAUUUGGAUGGUGGCCUUCAUGGUCAUCACCUGCAUGAUGUGUGACUGGGUCAAGUCGAAACCCUGGCUGGGAAUCGUGGGCGUCAUUUCUGCCAAUUUGGGCUCCCUCGCAGCGUUCGGGAUCGUCUGCUACUGUGGCGUCGAGUUCAUCGGGAUCAACAUGGCGGCCCCCUUCCUCAUGCUGGGUAUCGGAAUUGAUGACACGUUUGUAAUGUUGGCGUCUUGGCGUCGGACGUCGCCACACGACCCUGUUCCCAAGCGGAUGGGAGAAACGUAUGCGGAGGCAGCCGUGUCGAUUACCAUCACGUCCAUCACGGACAUGCUCUCUUUUUGGGUCGGAGUGAUCACGCCCUUCCCCUGCGUCCAAAUCUUCUCCAUCUACUCGGGAUCCGCCGUCGUGUGCACCUACAUUUGGCACAUCUUCUUCUUCGGGGGCGCCAUCGCCUUGUCCGGGUACCACGAGGCGGACAAUCGUCACUCCUUCUUUUGGUGGCUCAAGGCUACUCCACGCUCCAAAAUUGCUGGCAAGUCGUUCUGGUAUCGGCUCUGGUGGCAGGGAGGCAUCGAUCCGGACGAUCCGUACAAUCCCAAGGACAACCCAGAUCAUGGGAUCAUGGUCUUCUUCCGCGACUACUGGGGUGCAUUCCUGAACAAAACGCCUGUCAAGAUUAUCGUGCUGGCCAUUUUCAUCGCCUAUUUGGGAGUGAGUUGUUGGGGCAUCACAAAAAUUCAGGAGGGGUUGGAAAGGCGAAAGUUGACUCGAUACGACUCCUACGCGGCCACCUUCUUUGACACGGAGGACAAAUAUUUCAGAGAUUACCCUUAUCGAAUCCAGGUGGUGGUUGCUGGGGAGAUGGACUAUUCCAAUUCCUCGGUGCAGGGCAAGAUUGAAGGGAUGAUGAAGGAGUUUGAAGAGUCGCGCUAUUGCAACGGGCAGUACACAGAGUCCUGGCUGAGAGCGUUUUUGGGCUACGUGAAGCGGUCCGAAGGUCUCUUUGACUUCAACAUCACGACGGAGGAGCAGUUCAUCAAGACGCUGACGGAGGAGUACAUCGACCCCUCGUCCACGUACUAUGAGGACAUCAAGUUCAAUGAAAACAUGACCAAAAUUGUGGGCGCACGGUUUAUCGUCCAAACGGAGAACAUUUCAGAUUCGAACACGGAGCGAGAUAUGGCGUAUCAUUUGAGAGCCAUUGCCAAAAACCAGUCUGCCAUUGGCCUCAAUGUGACUGUGUACCAUCCGUUCUUUGUCUUCUUUGACCAAUUCCUCCUCAUUCGGCAAACGUCCAUCAACUGUGUGUUCAUCGCAGCGAUAAUCAUGAUGGGCGUGUCGCUCAUUUUUAUCCCGAAUCCACUCUGCUCACUCUGGGUAGCGUUUUCGAUCGUGUCCAUCGAGGCGGGUGUCGUGGGAUUCAUGUCCCUCUGGGGGGUCAACUUGGACGCCAUUUCCAUGAUGAACCUGAUCAUGUGCAUCGGAUUCUCAGUCGACUUUUCCGCACAUAUUUCAUACGCAUACAUUGCAGCAAAGGUGGACACGCCGGAAGAGCGUGUGAAGCAGUGUUUGUACUCCUUGGGUCUGCCCAUCGUGCAGGGAGCAGUGUCCACGGUGCUGGGCGUGAUUGCCCUCCUCGUCGCCCCCUCCUACAUCUUCAUCACCUUCUUCAAGGUCAUCUUCCUGGUGAUCUUCAUCGCAGCGCUGCACGGCCUCCUCCUCCUCCCCGUCCUCCUCUCCCUCUUCGGCCCAGGCUCCUGCUCCCGACUCUGCGGUUCUGACUCUGACCUCGAAAUCACCUCCCACUCUGACGACAGAAAGGACAAAAUCGUUCCCUACUCUUUUGUCGUGACACCGGCGGGACUGGACCCCAAACUCAAUCAAGGAGGAGGUAUGGCUGAGAAAUACAAGAAAACGUCUGGAAAUGGAUUUCCCGGAAAUCUUGGCCUGCACGGCGGCUCUUUCGUCAAUGGAGGUGUGAUACCACGAAUCAACGGAAUCAAAAGCCAGGCCAUGCCGCCCGCAAAAGACGCUUCUCCACCCUCUCGCAACAGUUUAGAACGUGACCUGGGUCUCGGAACGUCAGGUGAGGACGAGUCGUCCGAGUCCAGUUUGUCGAAAAAGAACAAGCGUUCCUCGCACGGAGGGAAGCAACCCUCGUCCAACUACCCGAUGAGUAGCAUGAAGGAGUUUUACAACAACGAGGGCUACUGGAGUGACGACGAGGAGAUGGCCAACGCGGGUCACAACGCUCACCCAGCCGGUCAGCGCUCCUCGAAGGGGAGGAACAAGAGUCCAGCAGCAGCCAACAGCAAUAACAAUAAUAAUAGCACUAGUUUAAGUAAUAAUAGCAAUAGUGAGAAAGUAGUCAUUAGUCAAGGACAUCGGUCCCUUCCUCGAGAGCCCCACAGCUCACACGUCCUCCCCUACGGCACCCUCCCCACCUCAACAGUGUCACAAAGUAACGCUGGUGGUGGUGGUGGCGAAAGGGUGCGCAAGUCCUCCAGAGGCUCCUACAUCAACGAGUCCAAAUUCCCAUGACACACGAAUUAAUUAAUUACGCGUCCCCUCCACUCCUCAGCCCCCUUUUCCCUUUAUUGCUUAUGUUAAGCGAGGAUCCUUACCAAACCAAAAUAUUAUUUAACCUUAUUUUAUUUUAUACGACACACACAUUGCUGGCUCCUGUGCUGCAAAUGUUUAAGACUUUUUGGAGAGGAGGUAGAGAAAAAAUGUUCCAAUUUUGGUCUUGAAUGACUAUUUUAUUUUAUUAUAAUUAUUUUUCUAAUUAUAAUUAUCCACAUACAUUACGAUGCAAUUUAUUGUUGGAGGAUGUCGUUGACCUGGUCUACAUAUAUCUCUACUACUGCAUAUUAUACUUAUACUGGUUAAUUAGUAAUAUUACGAGUAUGGAGAUGAUACCGGUUAUUAAUUACUUUUGUAAAAAAUCCUGAGUCCUACUUGUAUCACUGCUGCACAUUUGGUCAACUCGUUCUUGACUGACUCGUGUCCGCAGUUUUACAAGCCCUUAACUUUGUAUGUAAUCCUACCUAUUUUACUCUCCUCUUGAAAUAUUUGGUGGAUAUACGAAAAAUGCGUUCAAAUUGUUCUAUUUUUACGAUCAGGUCAUAUUUUUAUGUUACUAUUUACUGUUGUAUGCGAGCGAAUCCAUGUAUAAGCCCGUAAAGUGCUCAAUGAAUGUCGACGAUGAUAACCAUGCUUAAGACUUUUUUGUUAAAUACAAAUUGAUGUAAUUAUUUUUAUUUUUAGGUAAAGUUGUUCGAAUAGUUGCAAUUUGUAGGUGAACAAAAAGCGCAUAUAAAUAGUGCCAUGAAUUCCGUCUCUCGAAUAAUUAACAAUUUAAUUGAUGAUGAUACUUUUCAUGAAAUGUAAAUUCACAAAAAGAUAAAAGUUUUGUAAAGAAAAUAAAUUCAAUCAUAGUACUUGAA